AGUUGUUUGUGUUGUUUCGUCUUCAAUUCAAAGAAGGGUUGGUAAAGCACAGCACCGAUGAAAAAAUUUGUUUUUGCUCUGUUUUUGUAUUUGCAAGUUAUAAUGUCAGCAAGGAAACCGAUAUCCAAGGUCACUUACAACCCCUUGGAUCACACCAGGUUGCAGAAGGAAACGUGCAAGAGAUUAACGGCUUCUUAGAACCGUUGACGUUUUUCCAAGAAUUUGUAAACAAGUCACAGGCUGUUUUGUUUAAAGGGGCAUGCAAGGGAUUCAAGGCGACCAGGCAGUGGAAUGACAACUUCCUCAGGAAAAGCUAUGGGGAACUAAUGUUAAGUGUGGACACAUCCAAGAAAGAAACCAGAUACAAAUCUGCUAGGAAAAUGAAAUUGAAAAACUUCUUGGAUAUUUACAAGAGAGAGGAUCUUUAUAUGAUUGAUACAAUUCCUGAAGAAAUGCAGAAAGAUCUAGAAAUCCCAAAAGUAAUUUCUAGUGAUGGUUUUUUAAAUCGUCUUCAGGACCUUGUGCUGUGGUUCAGCAGUGGAGGCUCAAAAUCACAUCUGCAUGUGGAUACUGUUGAAAACAUAAACUGUAUGAUAAGUGGGUCGAAAAGGUGGUUCCUGGUUGAUAAGGCCUACAGUCCAAAUAUUAUUAUGGACCACGAAGAGGGUGAUUAUUGCAGUGUUGAUGUUGAUAAAGUAGAUAUGCUCAAGUAUCCUUUCCUCAGGAAGUUGCAAUGGUGGAAUGCUACUGUCGAGGAAGGCGAUUGUAUUUAUGUUCCUUACAUGUGGGCACAUCAGGUUUCUUCAUCAGAUCGAAAUAUUGCUGUUAAUUUCUGGUGGACACCUGCGUUCAAUUUCAACGUAUCUGGAUAUACUGCUCAAGAAAAUAGAAGCAUAAUGGACCUGAAGUUUAGUCAUGCAGAGCACUACAGAUUUCUCUUGUUGCAGCUAUCAAAUAUGCAAAAUAAACCAAUUGAUUUUGAAAUUGUCAAUCAAAACAUUGUGUCUGAACAUACUGGGAAGAAGAUAAUAUCACACAAGGACUUUGGCAUGAUUGAUAAAAGCGGGGAUGGGAGGAUUGAGCCCAAUGAGAUAAAUUUACUUACAAGCGCUGAACUAAAUACGAUAUUCGAUGGAGAAGAGCCUGGGACUAUCAACAUAAAAGGAAAAUCAAUGGUAGCAGAAAAUAAUGAUCAGGUGUGGGGUGCAACAAGAGACACAGAUAGCUCUGUGAAAAUCAAUGAGGAUAAGCCUAAAGAAACCACAAGUCGUGAUACAGAACUUUAGGUAUAAAUAUACUUGCAAAUCAUAAUAGUUGUGUUAAAGCAAUUUUUUGUUAUUAAGCUAAAUUUUGAGUAAAUUGUCCUGAGAAUAAUAUUUUCAUAACCCAGCUCCUCAGUCUCUGAUCCAACACUCUGAGUUAUUCAAAAUGUUUCUUUCUUCAACUAAAAAGGUUAAAGUCAUAGAAAGGUGCCAUAUUCUGAUAUUUAUCUUUUAGAAUUUGCCUGUACCCUUACUCCUUUUUAGAAAUUUGAAUUUUCCCUGGAGCUAUCAUGGGAAAGGUUUUGAAAGCAUUGCUGACAUUGGGCCUGAAAGUUUUCCCAAGUCUCUAUUCUAAGUCGAACAGUAUGAUUCUAUCAUUUUGAUCACAGCUAUUAACAAACUAUUUCUUUCAAUAUUCUAAACAUUUUCAUGGCAUAGUGUUAGAUCCAUAGCUGAUAAGGGGAUAAAAUAUUAAUGGCUGUAAUCUAUUAGUUAUUCUUAAUGUUUUAAUGUCUUUUAAUAAGUUAAAUUCAUUUCACUUCUAUGUUGACAGUUAGUGUAUUUAUACUUUAUGAGACAUUUUUUUG